CUACCGUUGUCGUGGAAGUGCCGCUCAGUCGGAGUACCUGUAUCCGUACCUGUAGUCAGACAUUGAUAACCGUAUAGAUGGAAUAAUACAUAAUAUUGUUAGAAAUAAAAUAUAUACCGUGUUCGGUUAAGUUAACUAUUAUGAUAAUUCGGUGUUCACCGCGUUAAUUGAUUUUAUUGUUUCGUCUUGUUUAUGUUUGUGUAUAUAAUAUAUUUUUUAUCGAUUUGCAAACAUGAAUACAGAACGAGCGAAAUCCAAAAUCGGUCGGUGGGUCGAUGAGACUAUGAAAGGAAAAUUCGAUAAUUUUGUUGGAUCGCGAAAGAAAAGCAGCACAAACUUGAAAUUGACCAAUGACAUUCCAACACCACCGCCCGAUUCAGAUGAAAACAAUGAAGUGGCUUUAUUCAAUACCGAAAUAGAUAUACAAACUUUGAAUUCGGUUAGCCAAAACGAAAUGACAAAACCUCCAGUCACGUUGGACGACAUUGAUCUAAGUGCGCUGUGUAGUAACUUGACUAGAAAACAACACUUGCAAGAUGUAAUUGGCGACGAACGACCCGACAUAGGUCGAAUGAUACAAACACACGGGAAGCUACUGAUGUUAAAUAUGGAUUCAACCUGCAAUAAUAAAUUACUGUAAUGCUCAAUUUAAUUCAUCAAAAAAAUAUAAUCGUUUUAACAUUAAAAAAAAAAAAAAAAUUGUAAUAUAAAAUUGU